GCCAGUGAGUACCGGGCCGCCAGUCCAGUCCGGAGCCCGGAACCCCGCGCGCGCGGGGCAGCCCCCGGGGAGGAGCCUCGCCGGCUGGGACGCGUGCAGCACGCUGCCACCGCCGGGCCACUCGUCCGUCUGCAAGAAAAUUCACUGCAUACCCUACUCGCUUGUUCUACAAUGAGUGCCAAAUCUGCCAUCAGCAAAGAAAUUUUUGCACCUCUUGAUGAAAGGAUGCUGGGAGCUGUCCAAGUCAAAAGGAGGACAAAGAAAAAGAUUCCUUUCUUGGCAACUGGGGGUCAAGGCGAAUAUUUAACUUAUAUCUGUCUAUCAGUGACAAACAAGAAACCCACACAGGCAUCUAUCACAAAGGUCAAGCAGUUUGAAGGUUCCACGUCAUUCGUUCGGAGAUCACAGUGGAUGCUGGAGCAGCUUCGCCAGGUCAAUGGUAUCGAUCCUAAUCGGGAUUCUGCAGAAUUUGAUUUGUUGUUUGAAAAUGCUUUUGACCAGUGGGUAGCCAGCACAGCCUCAGAGAAGUGUACCUUCUUCCAGAUCCUUCACCACACCUGCCAGAGGUACCUCACAGACAGGAAGCCAGAGUUUAUUAACUGCCAGUCCAAAAUUAUGGGAGGAAACAGCAUCCUCCAUUCAGCUGCUGACAGUGUGACCAGUGCUGUACAAAAGGCAAGCCAGGCCUUGAAUGAGCGUGGAGAGCGGUUAGGCCGAGCAGAAGAGAAAACAGAAGACAUGAAGAACAGUGCCCAGCAGUUUGCAGAAACUGCACAUAAGCUUGCCAUGAAACACAAAUGUUGAAAAACUGCCUAUUCUGGUGACCCUCGAGAGAAAUGGAAGAGUUGUUCAGCAGUUUUUACAAGAAUCCUGGACCUCCACUUGCUUUUUUCCCCCAAUAUGGACACUUAGGGGUUUUUUGUUUUAUUUUGUUUUGUUUUUUAUUUCCAGGUGUUAAUGUAGAUGAAAAGGUGUUGUGGUUAUACAUUUCCCUAAUAAUCUUGCUUUAAAAAAAUGCAACAAUAAGAUCAGCUUUGUGUUAACUUUUUUACGUGUGUGGGGGUAUAUUUGAAUGUUUUACUUUUCAAGAAGAAACAUUUUGAAGUUUGGAUAUACAAUUUGGGCCAAAUGAUAAACUGUGCUGGGUCUAAACUGGCAAUAUGUAUUUCUUCCUCCCUGAUAUUAAGCAAAAAGAAAUUUCAAUGUGGUGACAUCAGACAUUAUUAUUCCCAGAUAAAAAUAAAAGUCAAAUAGCAAUUUUCUUCACUCACACUCCUAGAACUCUUAAGUUGAAAAGUAAAAUUAGAAUCUCUGUAUCCUGUGAUUUAAGUCUGUAUUAUGAAAAACACUUGGAUUUAUCACUGGAAAUAGCAGACAUAGAUUUUACUUUUUGCACAUUAAUCUUUUGCAUGAACUAUUACCAGUGUUCAAAAAACAAAUCACAAUCACAAAUAGAAAUCUACUUUCUGAGCUACAACUUAACCACUACUGUUAUUUCUUUCCAGGCUAAUAAUUUGGAAUUAUCAUGUGAAGGAUAAACAGGAUAAAAGUUUGAGAGUUAAGACUCAAAGAAAAGCCUACUUUAAAACCUUGUGUCUCAAGGAUGUUUGUCUUUUGUCAUCCCAAAUUACCAUAACUGGCAUUGGAAUGAGCUUGGGAUUUUAUCAAAAUGUUAUUUGCCCAGAUAAAGUAUCUAUGUAAAAGAUAACGUGGAAAGACACUACCUUUAAACCUUUUUUCUUUUGUUUUUACAAAACAUUUAGAAAGGGCCUUGAGGGAGAGCCAUCAGUUUUUCAGUAUCUGGCUUUUGAUGAUUUGAAUUUUGUUCUUACCAUCUAUUAAAUGCAAUUCAACAUGUUUGUUUCUUGACAAAUUGUAUAGGAUGGCAAUUGCAGCUUGCUUAACUGACCCAUGAGUUUUGUCAUAAAGCCUUUACAUUGCUGCCGUACUGAAUAGAGUUGAUCAUACACUUUUUGUUUGUUUGUUGCUCAAGGUGCUGCUGUAUUUUCAGUCUGGAAGUUUUGUUUCCAAAAAGGUACAGGGAUCAACAUAACAAGCUGUGCUUGUUUCUCAUGAAACAGGGAGGCAAAGCCGCCCAUCUCAGGCGCACUGUUCGUCUCUCAUGGCAGUGCAUUGAGUUUUAAGCUUCGUGAGUCUGUGGGACCCGCCCCGUCCACUGAGCCAGGGAAGUUUAUGUGUAUUGUGGUCUCUUAUAUAGCAGAACAAGGUGACUUUUGGAUUAUUAAUCCUGAUUUAAAUAGCUUAACUUCUCCUGAUAAAGCAUUCCUUGGGAGAUAGAAAUUUGUCUGUUGGAAAAUAAAAGUCAUAGGAAGUACAUGUCAAAAGGGAAAUGGAUUUACAGAAGGCAAAUUUCUUAAUCCUCUUAGAGAUGAUCCAAUUCAAGAAAAAUCUAUAAAAUUUAUGCAGUUGGCUAUGAAAGUUUGUAUAAUAUUUUCACUUUUCUUUUGGUCUCUUAAAAGUUUGAAGAAGUGUGGAACAUGCCAUUUAAUGCGUGCUAUUAGAAGCAUUUAUAAUUUCCAAGAAAAUUCCAAAAUAUCACUCUAACUAGGUUUUGAUAGCAGAUUUCAGUUCAGAAAACACACACAUGCACACAGAUGCAGCUACAGAUAUCUUCUCAAAUUAAAUUCUGAUUCCUGAGAUAGAUAGGUGGUAUAAAUAAUUUAAAGAGUAAAUCUAUAACCACCUGACAGUUGGCCAAGCUCAAGAAUAAAAUUGGUUGCCAACUACCUAACAACAGUGUUUGGGAAGUUUUUUCUAAAGUAGCAGAGGAUAAAAUCAUAAGCAUACUGUUAAGUCUGAGAUUCUUCCUCCCUGGUAGAAUUCUAAUAUGUACUUUUCAUAAAGGUUAGUAUUCCAUAUCUUACCCUCUUUCCUCACUCUGUCCUUUUAGACAUGAAUCUUAUUGGAAAUAUCCUGAAUUGCAAGAAAACACAUCUGACUCAUUGUUAGCUUCUUCUGUUAAUUAGCUUCCAGUCAGUGAUCCUGUCAGAAUACUACUUCCCUCCAAACAGAGGCCAUGACAGCAAUUCCUAUUUGUCUUCAUCUUCUAGCCUCUUUUGAGGAACCCUGUGACAAGGUCUUUGCUAUCCUUUUGUAGAAGGUGCUGCAAUACAAAUAUUGAUACAACCUAACCUAGAGAAAAUUGCUAAAAUGAUUCAGAUCAUUUGGGACCAACACAUUUGGUUGAGCCUGCUAGAGGAUGUUAAAUUUUUGUUUUAUCUCUGCACUUCGCUAUGAAAUUUUUGUGAAAGUGUUCUUAAAUUGUAUUGCAAUACAAUAAAGAAAAGAAUCUUUGUAGUGUUAUCACCACUCCCUGGAACAUAGGUAUAGUAUUCUUCACUAGUAUUAUUAGGCAUCUGUGUACUGGAAGUAAGCAGUUAUUCAGGAUACUAUUUCAUUUUAAAGAAUGUAUCUGUAAAAUGUAACAAGAUCAGUAGUUAACAUUUUUUAAGCUCUGCAAAAAUUAUGUGUUAGACUUAAAAUUAUAGUGAAAUCUGUCUUAAUACUAUUGUGGCUAAGAGACAUUGUGCAUUUAUGUAAAAGUAUUUAAAGAAUGCUGUAAAUAAGGGAUAUUAAAGAUAGGUUUCACUUGUAAUUUUCAGAAUUGUAAAACUGCUAAUGUCUGUUGUAGUUAUCAAUUCUUCAGAUCUUCUCUAAGAUGUCAAACAUAAUCAUUGUUUAUUCAGAGACCCGUAACACCUGCUUUGUUGAUUUACUACUACAGUAAACUUUAAUUUUGUCAUUAAA